ACCGCGAAAUUUUACGGGUCGCACGUCCCGCGCCGCGCGGCGUGUCGGUCAAGGUGCCCCCACGCGCCGCGGUUGGCGCCGCCGCCGCUGCCGCCCACCGCCGCCCGCGUGCGCCCACCGCCACCUGUUGCCGCCUAAGGGGAACGCCUCCGUUAUAACCCAACGCUUCACCAUCCAUGCCGUCCUCCACCACCGCUUCACCAUCCCCUCCAGGCCCACCACCACCAUGGCCUCUCCUUCCCCUUCUUCCCCCGCCCGCGCCUCCGGCCGCCGCGUGCCGCCGCCGUGCUGGACGACCGACGAGACCCUCGCGCUCGCGCGGGCCUACACCGCGCGCCGCCUCGCCGUCGGCCGGGAGCACCUGACCUCCACCGACUGGGCCGCCGUAGCCGCGGCCGCCCCGUCCAAGACCGCCAGGCAGUGCCGCCACAAGAUCGAGAAGCUCCGCCGACGCCUCCGGUCCAACCGCCGACGCCCAUGCCCGCUCCUCGACGCCAUGGAUCUCCUCGACGGCCCUUCCCCGCCCUUCUUUUCCAAGUCCCAGUCCCGAUCCACGUCCCUGUCCUCGUCGCCGCCGCCACCGGCGGCGGUUUCCACGCCGUCUCCCCCUUCCCCUCCCGCAUCUCCGCCCAGGAAGAGGCGGCGGGACGAUGCCUGGGACGAGGACGGUGUGAGCGACGUGGUGGGUGCUCUGAGGGCCAUCGGGGAGGGUUUCCUGCGGGCGGAGGAGAGGAGGAUGGAGGCCGCACGGGAGACGCAGAGGAUGCGGAUGGAGAUGGCGCUCCGGCACCUCGAUGCACAGAGGAGGCUCAUGGACGCGCUUGUCGGCCGCAUCAUCGACGCCUUGGACUGAAGUGGUGGCACAAAGAUGUUUCCUCUCAAGGUUUCUUGCCUGUCCUCGUUGCAUGCUGCCUUGCGAGGAGUUUAGGAGUUUCUUAGUGCUGUUUAUAUGUAGUAGUUGUGAUGGAUCUGUGAUGUAGUUGAACCGGACAAGCUUUAGUGUUUUUUCAGUCUUGCAUUUGCUCAAAAGGAGAGUUUCUUA